ACGUGCUUCUGCGCGUUUCGAGAAAGGCAUUUAUGCACGCUACGCCUCUACUUCCGCUCAUCAAGGCCACUAAUCAUGCCUAUGAGUAGCUACUGCAAACGUGUGCAGCCGUUGAAUGUGAUGACGAUAGAAAAGUGCUCUUGAGAACCAGUUCUGUUCUGUUCCCAUCCUUCACAGCAACUUAUCAUUCCACAGGCCAUGGCCACUGAAGAGAGCCUGAAAUGGUCGGCGUCCCUCGCUGUCGCACCGCCUUCGAGGACGGCGAAGCUUCCCGGUGACAAGAUUUUGCUGCCUCCCUCGGCUUUGGAGCAGCUCAUCUCCGCUGCGCCCGUGACAGUCACAGAGCCCUCCCGCACUCUCACGUCUAACUUCGACCCCUUCAACCCCUACACGUAUGCAGCUGAGCGCGCUGCAAGGGCACAGUAUGAGGAGAGACAGCCGCACUUGCCGCAUCCACUUACGUUCCGGCUCGUCAACCCGGACAAUGGAAGGGUCAUCUAUGCUGGCAUCCGAGAAUUCAGCGCCAGUGAUGGCGAGAUCGCUCUCAGCCCUAUGCUCAGAGACGCACUCGGCAUCAAGCCCGCGGAUGGUAGGCCUGGUGCAACAGAUCAAGACGGGGGCGCGCAGAGGUCAAACGGCGUCGACGAAGAUGCCGCGGGGGAAAGCUGGGGCAGAAUUACGGUGCAUGCGAAACAAUUGCCCAAAGGCACGUUUGUUAAGCUACGACCUCUUGAAGCUGGGUAUGAUCCCGAGGACUGGAAGUCUCUCCUUGAGCAGCACCUGCGCUCAAAUUUUACCACAUUGACUAAGGGUGAAGUUCUCGUGGUGCCUGGAGGUAGGGGCGUUGGGAGGCGCAGCGAGGAAUAUCGCUUUCUGGUAGAUGAAUUCAAGCCAGAUGUAGAAGGUAUAUGCGUUGUCGACACCGAUCUGGAGGUCGACAUUGAGGCAUUAAACGAAGAGCAGGCCCGUGAGACAUUGCGGCGGAUAGCCGCUAAGUCACACCGAGCGCCAGGCACAAACAACGGAAGCUCAAUAGGCGGUCCGCUAGAGUUAAUGAAGGCACAGCAUGGUCAAGUCCUCAGCGGCGACUACGUGGACUAUGAGGUACCCUCAUGGAUACGUUCGCAAGGCAUCGAGGUUGAACUCAGUGGCGUGGACGACGACGCUGAACUCGACUUGUUCGUCAGCCCGUUUUCACCCCGGCAACGAGUUCGGCCUCGCGAAGAAGAACACCUGUUUGCGGAUACAUCGAGCAGGUACCCAAAACGCAUACGUAUCCAGCCCACAAAUGUCGAGCUCGAACAUGCCGAAGCGCUCUAUGUCUCCGUGCACGCUUAUUCACCCACAGAAUCUACAAGCGACGGGACCGUCACUCCUUCGCCGAAGCCUUACACGAUUAAAGUGUCUCCGUUCGAUCCAGAUGUAGAGUUGAACGAUAACGAAGGUGUGAAGUCAGAAGCAGCAGAUCACCCUGACGAUGUCCAGUGUGGAAACUGUAAACAAUGGGUGCCAAAACGAACGUUGGUUCUGCAUGAGAAUUUCUGCCUUCGAAACAACGUCCUUUGCCCCAAAGGAUGUGGCCAAGUCUUUCAGAAACGGUCAUCAGAAUGGCAAAAUCACUGGCAUUGCGAGCACGAUGCUGCGUAUGGCAACACGCCGCUGAGCAAAUUGAAACACAACCACCUCCAACAUACAGCCCAGACUUGCAGCUCCUGCGAUCGAACAUACCAAUCCAUGUCGGCUUUAGCAACGCACCGUACAUCUGUCUGUCCUGGAAAGAUUAUCCUGUGCCAAUUCUGUCAUUUAGAAGUGCCACAGGAGGGUGACCCUGAGGAGCCCAACGCAGAGGCCCUGCUCUCUGGUCUUACACCUCACGAACUCGCAGAUGGUGGACGCACGACAGAGUGUCAUCUUUGCAACAAAAUUGUCCGACUGCGUGAUAUGCGCGUUCACCUGGCUAACCACGAGUUGGAGAAGAAGUCAAGGCCUGAGCCGCGCGUCUGCCGCAAUGUGCUGUGUGGCAAGACGUUGGACGGAGCAAGCCACAGCGGUGACACGAGAGCGGGAACGCGAAUAGGCAACGGUCCGGGCAACGACGUCGGUCUGUGCUCGACGUGCUUUGGGCCGCUCUACGUCGCCAUGCACGACCCGGAUGGUAAGGCACUUAGGCGCCGCAUCGAGCGCCGCUAUCUCACCCAACUCGUCACUGGCUGCGGCAAGUCCUGGUGCAAGAACGAAUACUGCAGAACCGGGCGAAAGAAUCUUGGAAUCGAUGGCUCGGUCGGCAUGAAGGAGGCGUUGCCGAUGAUCAAACCGCUUCUGGAGGGAUUGCAGUCUGGCGAUACACCCCUGCAUUUCUGUACGGACGAGAAGACGCAGCAGAGAAGGGGCCUUGCGGAAUUGCUGGCUGCGGAACGAGGGCUGAGAGGUGAGCAAUAUGCGUUCAAUUGGUGCGUGGCCGCGCUCGAGGCUGAGGGUGGGAUGCUUGAUCAUGCGAGGGAAUGGCUUAAGAACUGGGCGCCUGUUAAGAGCCAGUAAGUCAUUCAGCACGAAGAAUAUGAUAUAGAUGGGCAUGAUGGCAUGAUUUGAUGUUCGUGACGCUGUAGUUCGGUCCUUGGGACGAACGGUAGGCCGUCAUUACACCAGUACCAUAGAAACUUAAAUGCAUUGCAUGGUAGCCUUUCAAGCCUCUCGAACUUUGUACUUGCUGGAGAUAGAACAUUUGAGAGCACGGCAUAAUUUUCCGAUCACGGGUACCCCUUGACUGAUGUAAUUACGUGACAGAUGUGGGACCAAAGUUCUGUUGAACGGGUCUCACAGUCUUUCCAGCAGAAAGAACGAUGUCAUAACAAUAUGAAAUCAAU